CCCGUUGUUUGACUCACGAAAACAUCAAUGCAGCGCCAAGAGAAACAGACUAAACGAGUCUGCACUCUGCAGUAGUGGACUAAUGGCAAUGGCGCAAUCUGGACAAUCCGCCCCGGUGAGUCUUGGGGUUGCCAUUUGGUGAGAAGAGGCAGGGAAGAGACCAAUCCGCGGGUCUUAUCGUUUGGCCAAGAUGUAACUAGUCAUCGUGCGCCGAGAGACGAUCUUCAUCACUGUUCAUGUUUUUUUCACUCUUUCUCGCCCAGGCUACCUGUCAGCUCCGGACUUUGCUCUGAACAUUUUCUUCCGAGGCCGGUUGUCGGCGCCGCCGUCGAUAAAUACUGUGACUACCCCAGGCCCGGCGCCGGCGUUGUGCAGGCCCAAUUUCCCGACUCUUCCUCUCUGUCCAUAUCAGUUGGUGGUAUCAAGUCAGAAACUACUACCCCAAAUCCCACUCAUGGCGGAGAAGCCCCCAGUCUCGUCUACCCCCGAGGGGAGCGACCUCGAAGCCUCCGACCCGGAACCCCAGAUGAAGAAGCUCACCUUCUCCCAGCGCUGGAACCAGAAUGUCGACCCGAAGCACACCGACCUCAUCUGUUUACUGCUGUGCUUCACCACGGGGCUCUGCGACAGUAGUGCAUAUAAUGCGUGGUCGUGUUUCUUAGCCAUGCAAACGGGAAACACCAUCUUCCUCGGCCUAGGCGCCUCCAACCAACCCGCCAACAAACCGUGGGGCUGGCUGAAAUCCCUCAUGAGCAUCGGGUGGUUCUUCAUCGGGGCGCUGGUCUUCGCCAACCUGACGCGACGCAGCGGCAACCGCGCGCGGGGCACUCUGGUGCUCUCCUUCCUGGCGCAGACGAUCCUGAUCAUCAUCGCCGUGGCCAUCAUCGAGGCCGAUCUGAUCCCGCACACCUCGACGGACAGCAAGCUGACCGGCGGCCGGCUGUUCCUGGAGCUGAUCCCCAUCGCGCUGCUGGCGUUCCAGUCCGCGGGGUCGAUCACCUCGUCGCGCGCCCUGGGCUACAACGAGAUCCCGACGGUCGUGCUGACCAGCGUCUACUUCGACGUGGCCUCCGACCCCAAGCUGCUGCAGGUGCCCAACGGGAACGUGAAGCGCAACCGCCGGAUCGGCGGGGUCGUGUUCCUGUUGAUCGGGGCGAUUGCGGGCGGGUGGUUGAGUAAGACCUCGGGCGGGAUGGAGUCGGCGCUGUGGAUGGCGGCCGGGGUGAAGUUGGUGAUUGGGUUGGGGUGGUUGGUCUGGAAGGGGGAGACGAAGGGUUGA